GACGUUUGUUUAUUCGAAACUAGAACCGGUGGUUGAUAUUUAUUUAGGAACACAGAAAAUGUAUUGAACAAACAAGCAUCAGUGUCUUCAACUAUUCUGAAGAAUGGAUCGUCUGGAGAAGCCUCAGAUAAUAAGUCACAUUGAGAAAUCAGUGGAUUAUUCUUUAUUCGAUGCUAAAUGGAUCCCAUGCAGUGCAAAAUUUGUGGUUAUGGGUUCGAGACCCCGGGGUACUGGAAUCAUCCAGAUUUAUGAAGUGUCCAGUGGUGAAUUAAAACUCAUCAAGGAUAUUGAACGUUCAAAUCCCAUGAAAUGUGGGACUUUCAAGGCUUCCAGCCUCAGGGACAGAUAUCUAGCCACUGGUGACUUUAAGGGAAAACUGAAUAUUUAUAAUUUAGAAGAUCCUUCCGUACCGAUCUACUCAGCAAAUGCCCACAGUGAGAUAAUAAACGCAAUCGAUGGAGUAGGUGGACAGAAUAUUGGUUGCGGUGCUCCAGAGAUUGUCACUGGUUCGAGAGAUGGAAGUGUAAAAGUAUGGGAUCCACGGCAGAAGGGCCGUCCUGUGGCUGUUAUGGAGCCCAAGGAGGGUGAGGCUCGUCGUGACUGCUGGACAGUCGCCUUUGGAAAUUCCUACAACUCCGAGGAACGAGUUGUUGCUGCAGGCUACGACAACGGUGAUGUCAAAAUGUUCGAUCUUAAAGCCAUGUCGUUGAGGUGGGAGAGCAAUCUGAAAAACGGAGUGUGCGGUCUGGAGUUCGACCGGAAGGACAUUCCCAUGAAUAAACUCGUCGUCACGACACUCGAGUCCAAGUUCUAUCUGUUCGAUCUGAGGACACAGCAUCCGAAGAAGGGAUUCGCUUAUUUAACGGAAAAGGCGCACAAAUCAACAGUCUGGCUUGUAAGACAUCUCCCACAAAAUCGAGAAAUCUUCAUGACCUGUGGCGGGGGGGGAUCUCUGUGCCUCUGGAAAUACAAUUACCCCGAGAAAAGGAAACAAGUUGAUGCCGAUGGGAUUGAGCAAGGUGUAGUUGGUGAUGUAAACCUCCUCCAACACAGCACAAUAUCAAGUCAGCCUAUAAGUUCAUUAGAUUGGUGUCCAGACAAACAGGGACUUGCUGUGUGCACUGCGUUUGAUCAGUGCCUUCGUGUCAUAAUAACCACCAAACUCAAUCUGUAUUAAAAAAUGACACUCCAACCGAGAAAUCUCUCCAAGUUCCCUGACGAUUCUUAGAUUAAUCUUAAAUUAUGAAAUCCUAUAUUACAAAAAUGGUGGAAUGAUUUCUGUUAUCGCCAUUUCGCCAAGAUAUAUUAUAUGUAUAUUUGCAAAAAUGA